UAAUAAAGUUUUAUAGAAACAACAGCAGCAUUGCUAAAGCUUUAAAGAAGUUAAAUUGUUUGUCAGGCAGUUUGACAAAAUCUCUGCAAGUAGAAAAGACAAACAAAAUCUUCUCUUCGCUGGUUUCUCUGGUCACGACAGUAAUCAAAUUCAAUUUGAAAAUUAUUGAAAAAAAAAAUCACCAUGGAGAAUGUUUUUUUUUUUUUAAUAAAACCGAUGGAAAUAAAAAAUCAAUUUAUAGUUGGUUAAAAACCAAACCACCCUAUAAAAAAACUUCGAAAAAAUCAAAUCCCGCCAAGACCCAUUCACAAUUAUCAUAUUUUUUUUCGAUCAUGCACUUUUGCCUUUUGUUGUGACAGCUACAGUUCAAAAAUCAAAAAAAAUUCAAAAUAAAAACCUCUUGCGACACGAUUCUACGUGAAAACUAUGUUUAUUUUUGUUAAAAUAUUGUUAUAAUGCGUCGAAGUUUGGCUCCCAGUCAAACACCACAGCGAUUAAAUUCACCAAGUAGUAGUCAAUUUAUUACUCCAUUUCAAAAUAAACGCAAACGAACUUGCAAAAAUACAGAAAAUCUAACAAUCACUACUCAAAUACCUCCAUCACAAUAUGAAGAAGCUAUAUCAAAGAUUCUAUCUAAACCCUUCAAAGUUCCAAUUGCCGAUUAUGUCCCAGAUUACAAUAGCAACCGGUGUUUGGGUAUACGAAGGACAACAGUGCGCAAAGCACUGCAUGACCCAUUUGCCUGUAAUGCUUUGGUUUUGUAUGAACCACCACAAUAUACAGAACAUGAAAGGCUAACAAUGGAAAGUAGCAAGAUUCUAGUUCACAUUGUUGUUGAUCCUUUGCUAAGUAAUAUUUUGCGUCCACAUCAACGAGAAGGUGUCAAGUUCAUGUAUGAUUGUGUUGUUGGGAAUAAGGGCGACUUCAAUGGAUGUAUCAUGGCUGAUGAGAUGGGAUUGGGAAAAACCCUUCAAUGUGUUACUCUUGUGUGGACACUUCUGCGACAAAGCCCAGAAUGCCGACCAACUAUCUCAAAAGCUGUCAUUGUUUCACCCAGUUCUUUGGUGAAGAAUUGGGAAAAAGAGUUCAACAAAUGGUUACAUGGUCGUUUGCAUUGUUUAGCCAUUGACAGUGGUUCGAAGGAAGAAACAACAAAGAAUCUCGAACAGUAUAUAACAAAUAGCAAUCAGCGUUGUGGAACUCCUGUUCUUUUGAUUAGUUAUGAAACUUUUCGUCUCUAUGCACAGAUUCUAAAUCGCUCCGAGGUGGGAAUUGUGAUUUGUGAUGAAGGUCAUCGCUUAAAGAACAGCGAAAAUCAAACUUAUCAAGCUUUAAUGGGUUUGAAAACUAAAAGACGAGUUCUCCUCUCUGGAACACCAAUUCAAAAUGAUCUUACUGAAUAUUUUAGUUUGAUCAAUUUCGUAAAUCCAAAUAUGCUUGGAUCAGCAAAUGAUUUUAAAAGAGCUUACGAAAAUCCCAUUCUGCGAGGUCAGAAUUCAGAUUCUUCUGAUGCGGAGAGAGCAAAGGCUUUGACAAAGACUCAAGAGUUGAUUGGUAUUGUAAAUCAAUGCAUCAUUCGGAGAACUAAUCAAAUUCUUACGAAAUAUCUUCCGGUUAAAUUUGAAAUGGUCAUAUGUUCAAAGUUGACACAAAUUCAAAUUCAAUUGUAUACGAACUUUUUGAAAUCGGAUAAAAUUCGAAGAAGUUUAGCAGGAAACUCUGAUGAAAAAGAAGGAUCAACAUUAUCAGCUCUUGCGGAUAUUACAACGUUGAAGAAAUUAUGCAAUCAUCCGGACUUGAUAUAUGAAAAACUGAUCGCAAGAGAAAAUGGUUUUGAGAACUCGCAAAAUGUAUUGCCGAGUAAUUACAAUCCAAAAGAAAUAAAUCCCGAAUUAAGUGGAAAAUUUAUGCUUUUGGACUUUAUGCUGGCAUCAAUAAAAGCUAACACAGACGAUAAGGUUGUCCUCAUAUCGAACUACACUCAAACAUUGGAUUUAUUUGAAAGGCUUUCUAGAAAAAGAAAAUACACCUACGUCCGUCUCGAUGGCACAAUGACAAUUAAAAAACGUUCAAAAGUUGUCGAUUUAUUCAACGAUCCCACUUCUGAUUGUUUUCUAUUUAUGCUGAGUUCAAAAGCUGGUGGUUGUGGAUUGAAUUUAAUUGGUGCCAAUCGUUUGUUUAUGUUUGAUCCAGAUUGGAAUCCCGCAAAUGAUGAACAAGCAAUGGCACGAGUUUGGCGUGAUGGACAAAAGAAACCAUGUUUUAUAUAUCGUCUUGUUGCUACUGGAUCAAUUGAAGAGAAAAUCCUUCAAAGACAAACUCAUAAAAAAUCCCUCUCAAGUGCAAUCAUUGAUAAUAAUGAGAGUUCUGAGAAACACUUUUCCCGUGAUGAUUUGAAAGAUUUAUUCCGUUUUGAAAACACAACGCUUUCCGAUACACAUGAUAAAUUUAAAUGUAAACGUUGCAUAAACAAUAUUCAAAUUAAACCUCCGGCUGAGGAUACUGAUUGUACAUCACAUCUGUCCCAAUGGUAUCAUUGUUCCAAUAACAAAGGACUACCCGAUAGUAUAUUGGCACAAGCUUGGUCAACAAGUAAAUGUGUAUCAUUUGUAUUCCAUCAUCGAUCUCAAGGAGAAGCCAAGCCUCAAGUUAUUAAAAAUGAUAAUGAAGAGGAGAAAAAAGUUCCACGGAAACGGAAAGAUUCAAAUGAUGAAGAUUAUUCAAAAUCGGAUGAUGAUAGUGAUUAUGAAAUGUAGAAAGUUAUCAAUAUUUGAUUAAGUUAUGUAAAUAAAAGAAAAUAUUUUGAUUUAUGUUAAA